AUGCCGUCGUUAUUUGCUCAGUCACUGGCAAUCAUCGCCACUCUGCAGGCCACUCUCGGUCUUGCCACCCCUGUAUCAGCUCCUGAUACUGUCAUCGGAAAACAUGCCGGUGGUUACGUCAACGCGGUCUACUUCACCAAUUGGGGAAUAUACGGUCGAAACUAUCAGCCAGCCGACCUUCCCGCUUCUCAGAUAUCCCAUGUUCUGUACUCGUUCUUGAACCUUUCAAAUAACGGCACCGUUUACACUGGAGAUUCUUGGGCUGACACAGACAAGCACUACCCAAAUGACUCUUGGAAUGAUGUCGGUAACAAUGUCUAUGGCUGUGUCAAGCAAUUAUAUCUCCUCAAGAAAGCGAACCGUAAUAUGAAGACGAUGUUGUCUAUUGGAGGGUGGACGUGGUCAACGAACUUCCCAGCCGCGGCCUCGACGGCAGCCACUCGAAGCAACUUUGCGAAGUCGGCGGUCACUAUUAUGAAAGACUGGGGCUUUGAUGGCAUUGACGUUGAUUGGGAAUACCCUGCCGACGAUGUUCAAGCCACAAACAUGGUUCUUCUUCUUCAAGCCGUUCGGGAUGAACUCGACGCAUACGCGGCAAAGUUUGCUCAGGGAUACCAUUUUCAGCUAUCGAUUGCCGCUCCGGCUGGCCCUGCCAACUAUAAUAAGUUGCACCUUGGCGACCUCGGAAAGGUGUUGGAUUAUAUCAAUUUGAUGGCCUAUGACUUUUCUGGUUCAUGGAGCAACUCCAGCGCACACAACGCAAAUCUUUACGCCAAUCCGGGCAACCUUAAUGCUACACCAUUCAACACGGAUGAUGCUGUCAAUGAUUACAUUAAAGGCGGUGUUCCGGCCAGCAAGAUCGUUCUUGGCAUGCCAAUUUAUGGAAAAUCAUUCCAGAAGACCAAUGGAAUUGGAAAGCUAUUCUCUGGUGUUGGCGACGGCAGCUGGGAGAAUGGAGUCUGGGAUUACAAGGUUCUUCCCAAAGCCGGCGCGACGGUUAUAUAUGAUGACGUGGCAAAGGGUUACUACAGCUACGAUAACCGCACCCAAGAACUUAUUUCCUAUGAUACCCCUGAUAUUACCAAAGAAAAGGUUACCUACCUCAAGAGCAAGGGAUUAGGGGGCAGCAUGUUUUGGGAGGCAUCUGCUGACCGCAAAGGGCCCGACUCACUCAUUGGGACUAGUAGCAACAAACUUGGUGAACCGGACGCCACUGAGAAUCUACUCAACUACCCUGACUCCAAAUAUGACAAUAUGAGGAAGCAGAUGGCUUAG